AUGGCGCAUCGACUCGCGGCGUCUCUGAAGUUUUGGCGGGCGGCGCAGCAAGUGAUGGAGGGCGUCCUUUCGCGCGGCGCCAACCUCGGCGAUUCCACUUCUACUAAUGGCACCGCCCCGGCGGGAUUGAGAAGGAGCGGGAGUGCAGAGCAGGCGGAGAAAGCACCACGGGCGAUCCUGGAGCGUGGGGAGCAACUUCACGGUGGUCGUAGCAAGAAGUAUCAGCAUCGACAGCAUGAGGAGCAUGGCACGGCCUGCCUCCCUUCCCAGACCGCCUCCCCCGUCCGCCCCUCCCUCUAUUGUCGCCGCUUCUCCCGCUCAGCUUCCCUCACUCUCCCCCACCUCACUUCACCCAUUCCUUCCUCACACUCCCCUAUCCAUUUUCCUCCUCCUUUGCCCUCUUCUCUCUCCUCCACGCUCCCAGCCGCUUCAGAUGAUUCACGCCCUUCCUCCUGCACGGCAUCUUCUUCACUCUCUCAUGACUAUCCGUCCCUUCAUCCCCCCUCCGCCCGCCCGUCACCACCAACCGGUGCACCAGCCACGCUUGUGCUCCUCCCCGGAUUCAGCGCACCAGCCCAGCGCCCAACCCUAACACACAGUCGUCUCACAAGCCCAGCUGUAAACCCUCCAUCCAACCUCAAAACGAGCCAUUCUUGCCCAGACCAUCUGAACUCUACCGAACCAGAUUGUCUGGCUCGGCCGAGCCUAACCCCGAAACGCUCAUGCCUGAGUCAAGGCCGAAUCUGCCGCAGCCAGAUGACAGGAGGGACGAGCCCAGAGCCAGAUGCUUCAAGCCCGAAGCAAGGUGCGGGUCCGAGGCUGGUUCGGCGUGUGUCGUUCAACAGCAUUGUGCGUGUGCGGCGGUUCAUCGAGCUUCCUCCUGAUGCUGAUGGCUACUGCAGUGAGGGCGAUGGAAGAUGUGCCAAUGGCAUCAGCCAAACCGGCAGAAUCAGUACAUGCAAUAACAAGCAGCAGCAGCAGCAGCAGCAGCAAAAGACGGAACUUCUUGACUCCCACUCUGUCUCACGUGAACGUUUCAGCAGUCAGCUUCCUGCCUCCGUACGCCCCUGCUCUGUUCCCUCCUCCCCCUCUCUCCUCCUCUUCCCCUCUUCCUCCUCUUCCCCCUCUUUCUCCUCUUCCCCCUCUUUCUCCUCUUCCCCCUCUUCACAAUCCUCCCCAUCUUCCCCCUCCCACUCCGCCCCAUCUUCCCCCUCCUCCCACUCCUCCAUAUCCUCCCCCUGCGCCUCGUACCCCUCCUCCCCCCGUUCCCCCACCCCCUCUUCCUCUCUUUCACCCCACUGCCCCGCACCCCCACCUGCCCACAUGCGCAAGUGUCUGCCCCCGUUGCCCACGGCUAGAAGGCUGAGAGCACAGCUGAGAGCAGCGGCAGCAAGGCAGGCCAUCGAGCAGGCAGUGGGAGCAUCGGGUGGUGGAAUUUUCUUCUGA